AUGAGUCAACAUAUUUUGAGUGGAUGGAACAAAUUUUUUAACAGUAUUUUACUAUAUUUGGGGCUGUCUUUAAUUGGAGGAUGUUUAUCUGAAAAUUAUGAAUUUACCAACAAAAAAACUGUAAACUAUUCUCCAAUAGAGGAAUUGAUUAAUAAAAAGUUUGACAAUAGGACUCAAGAGCUAGAGAGCUUGAAGUUUAUAAUUGGGGAGCCUUGGGAGGGGUUUGAAGUCGCAAAAACACAACUAAACUCUUCUUUAGUUAAUGGCAAUAUAAAAGGUUUUAACUCACUUAGUGGAGAAAAUAAAGUUUUUGGCAAGUAUAAGAGACUGGAGACAAAGUAUCCUUCAGGUUCAAAAAAAAAGCUGAUUGCCUUACAAAACUGUAAGACCGGGACUACUGCACUUAUCAACUAUUCUCCAAUGAGGAUUAAAACAGAGUUCUCAAUAUAUUUACCCUUUGGAUCGAACAUUGACCCAAUUGAUAACCAAGGUUUGACUUAUUUAAUGGGAUUCAUAUUCUUAAAUAUGGGUUCUAAUUUAGAUGAUUAUUUAUUGAACUUUGGUGAAUACAUUGAGAAACAGAAGGAUAAUAGUUUGACAAGUGUAACAGUUUCCAGUUUGUAUACAAAACUAACAGCAACCGUUUCAGAUAAAAAAGCCACUGAAGCAUUAAAGAGGUUCACAGAUUCAGUUGGAUACACCUCUACAAGUACUGAUACUGUAACUUCUCAUGAUAAGCACAAUGAUGAGUUUUAUGUAAAAAAUAAACCACUGACGACGAAGAAUUUACUCAAUUCUUUGUGUAGAUUGUAUUACAUUUACAAGUCAUGUUUGAGGGAUGAAGAAUAUAGGAUUAGCUAUAUAAAGACGAGUAUGAGAGCUGGCAGUUCAAAUAAAAGCAAAGAAAAAGAUCGUGAUGGUUCAGGAUCUUUAGACAACAAUGGGGAAGAUCCGAUUUCAGAUUACUUUUCGAACUGUGGUAUUUUCUCAACAUCUUGGCAAGAACAUCUAACCUUCUUAUCAUCAAGUAUGUGCUCAGUUCAAAACAGUAUAGCAGAGGAAAGCCUUUCUAACAAUUUAAAAGAUUGGCUAUAUAACCUUAAACUAUUAAUUAAGGAGCAAUAUGAAAAGUAUUGGUUACCUGAAAAUAUGAACCUAUAUAUUGACUCAGCAGUAGAUUAUAGAUUAUUUGAGAAAUCACUAGCAAACGAAAUGGUUGUUUUCGGUUCGGAGUGUGAUAAUAAAGGGAAGUUAUUUAUUGAGAAGAAUUGGAUAACUCAGGAAGCUGAGAGGAAGAAUAACCAGGAGAAUAUGAUAGAAAAGGUUGAAAAUUCUGAAUUUAAUGAAAUCGUGGAUUCUGAUACUGAACAGCUAAAAGAGUCAAUAAAAAUAUUUAAUGUGGUCCCUCUUUCUUACAAAACAAGUGUACUUGAUAUAGAUUAUAAAAUAGAACUGGAAAACAUUGUUCAUGUGAUUUCAAUUUCAUUGACUAGAGUAAUGGAUAUUAUAACAGCUCUAUACUUGGACUCAAAGAUGGUAAGGAGACUAAGGGAUGAACUUGGAAUAAUACAAGAUUUAAAACUAACAUGGAGACUACACUACUCAUCUCAAAAUCUCAGACUCAUUUUUAGGUUUUUGUUAAAAAGUAUGGAAGUUAUGAAUGCAAAGAAAGUAAUCGAAGAUUUCUAUUCUUACAGUAUUUUCCUUCUCAGACAAUUUGAGAGGAAGAGCAAAGACAAAGAAUUCAAGUCUGAGUUUAAAGUGAGUAAGGAGAUUUUUGAAAUUGUGGAUGAGAUUCAAAGAUUAACUGAAAUUAAUUGGCAUCUUCAGUACUUGUAUGAGGAUCUUCCAACUCAGUUGACUACUCCAAUCAACAACUGUGGAACUCCAAUACAAGUUUUUCAGCUUAAUGGCUCGCUGUCCAAUUGGGUUAGGAAUGAGAUUAGAAUAUACGACCCUUUACUUUACAAAAAUUACCCUCAGCUAAUUUUGAGUUCAAUCCAUAGAUCCCAUGUGAGACUUCCAAGAGAAUGCGAACUAAUGGGGUGGAAUGAAUGCAAAACUUUCAGGUCAGAUUUUGAUGGAAAUAUAAGUGAAGCAAAAUCUACAUAUGACACUGGGAGCUUAGUUUUUGUUCUAAUGGAGUUCAUUAUAAAGCAUAUAGUUGAGUUCAAGGCAAGUGUGAUUUUUACAGACCCUUAUUUCAGAUAUAGAACAGAUUUUGUUCUUAAGGUGAAGGCUUACAAUUAUCACGAUUAUGUGAAUUUACAGUUUAGUUCUUAUUAUCAGAAAAACAGUAUGUUCAGAGAACAAGACAUAAUUGAGUUUACUAAUACUAAUAAUUGGACUUUACCUGACAAAAUAGUCAACUUUGAAACUUCUAUGACAAUUCCAAACUACCAAAAGUAUAAAAAUUCAAUUUCAAUGGAGAACAAGCUGCUGUUCCCAAGGGUUUCCUUUAAGAAUGAUUUGGGUAUUACUACUACACUUGAGAACUUUAAACUUUAUUCUCCCAUAGUUUUUGUAAGAUCCAUAAUCAGAACAGAACUAAGUCCAUGUAGAAUAUUCAAUGACGAUUUAUGCGGUAUAGAUGACAUGCCUAAGAAACAAAAAGGGUUAAUCAUGGUAAACAUACUAGCAAAUAUUUUCAAUCUUUCAAUAGAGAAAUUCUGGGAAAGUGAGCCUAUUCCAGGAUAUAAAGAUAUAAUUUCUGGACUUUACCAAAGUAGUAAUACAAAAUACAACAAUUGGAGGAUCCCAGGAUCACUAACAAAACCAUUUCAUUUUGGGUCUCUGAUGCUUGGAAUUAAUGAAGUGGAAUUUAAUUUUGUUGGAUCUUCUUGUUCUUUAAUUGAAUACAUAAAAAGCUUAUUUAAGGAGAUGAAUUCGCGAUUUAAGCCUUUAAAUAUUGUAGAAUUUUAUCAGAUAUUACGUAAUUUAAUGAAGAAUGAAAUUAAAAAUAGGAAGAAUAGAACCCCAAUGGACUUUAUUCGAUACUACCAGGGGUUAUUACAAUACGAGGACCAUUUUGAAGAUGAAUCUUUCAUAACUACUGGUAUUUCAAUAACUUAUGAUAACUACUUGACUUUCCACAAUUAUAUUAUGAAUACCUUCUUCAGUAAAAAUUCUGAAAACCCUCGUCAAGAAGGCUUUAUAGAGACAGUCGUUUUGGGGGUUAAUAAUGAUGAUUUUAACAAAGAGUAUACCAAGUUGAUUUUAGAUUGGGUAUAUUUCAAAAAAUCAGAUUCUUAUAAACAUAUUUGCAUGUUUCAAGAACCUUAUUUUGCAUUUUCAAUUGAUGAUGAACCACUUAUUAUUAGACAAACUUUUACUGAUGGUAUUCUGACUACUAGUAGUGCUUCUGUCAAGUUUCAGUUACCGUGCAAUAAGAACAGUUCUACAGGUUUUAAUUCAAAUUUCUCUGAUAUCGACAUUUUCUUCAAAGAUGAAGGCGAGGACAAAUGGGAAACUAACGACAAUUUACAACCAAGAUGUAUCUUCAAUGUUGUAGUUUCAAGAGUUUUAGAGAAAAUACUUCGAGAAUACUACUCUUCAAUCGUAAAAAAACUGGUGGUAGAGAUGUCCCAAAACCACUCAAACAACGCGAAUAUACCCCCACAUUUGAACUCCAAUUUUUCUAUAAGAGGAGAAGUCGAAGUAUCAUUCUACAAGCUAAAUAGUAUUCCUCAAUUUACUCUUUACAUAUUAUCAUCCCAUUUUGACAGUUUCACACUUUUGUCAAUACUUAGGGCAUCCAUUCAAAAAUUCAAGACUGACAUAAUUGAUAACGAGGAAACUUUUACAGAAGAAGUAUUCAGCUCAGUUAAGAGCCAUUUUAUCAAGUAUUACUGCUCAAGGGAAAGAAUACAAAUUAGAAAUCUCAGGGCUUCUUUAAUGGAAAUGUCAAAGUGGAGAUAUAACUAUAAUUGGAAACAUGAGUCAUGCAAAGUUAUCCGAACUCUUAAGAAGAAACAUAUUGUUCAAUUUUACUAUGACUAUUUCUUACUAGAUUCUCCAUAUAGAAGGUCAUACAUUCUAUUACUACAAGCUCCUCCUUUCAACAGAUUAAUAUCAAACCUGAAACGAAAGGAUAACUCAGUUGAUUCAACAUACGUAGUUUUCCAGAAUUAUAUUGUUUCCCUACUUAGAAAACGUGGGAGAAUCGAUUAUUAUAAUCAGACUAAUACCACAAAUAAUCCUGAUUGGAAUAUAAGCAUGCUUUCCUAUCCCAAUAUACUACAAAGUGACAUUGGGAUUUUAAACUAUAAGUAUAAAAAUACCAAGAGGUAUCAACCAAGGUGUUCCAAGUUUGUGCUUAAAGCGACAAAUACACAAUAG